AUGAUCAAAGACGGCGGAGUGUUUGAUCAGAAUGUCACUAUUAAUGUUGCUGAACAGACAGUGACUUUUUACGUACCCUUACGAGAAGGCGCAGAUGAAGCCAAUGUUGUCCACGAUUUUCGCAAGGUAAACUUCGCUCUCUCAGUGCUAACGUCAUUCUUUCUUUUCUACAAUGAUCAAACUCAGUAUGCACUUCGUAUGCACUAAGAAUAUGUCAGUGUAUGAUAUUCAGCUAAGCCACUGGCUACGUGUUUUAUUUGCCGGCCUGGAAAACUGAAGGAAAUAACUUAAACUUUAGUUUAUACUGUUUUAAUGCUCCUUGUUCCCACGUUAGGUAAGUGCUUUCCACAAGUUGCUUGGCAACUUUUUGGCAACUUCUCGUAUUUUGAGCAACUUUUUUCGCAACUUUUUGCAUUCUGAGCAAUUUCUCUAGUUAUCUUCAAAUUCUGAGAUAUCGGAGAGGCUCUUAGUGCUGAAAAUGGCCUUUCUUCCAUAUUUCAUAACGUAUUAGUUGACAAUUUAUGAAUUUCCUGUGAAAAGAGGAGCCAACUCCUCUCCCCCCUGGGGCAGAUCCUAGGCGCAAGAUUCAGUAGCCAGGCUGCUAGGUCAGCGGUUUUCAGAGAAAAUUCAAAUUAGGGACAAAGAUUCACACUCGACUGACGUGAGUGUCUCGGGUGAAGAAGGUCAUUCAACAAUAUUAUUGGCUCAUUACAUUCUUUGGUUCUAGUUGAGGACAAAGUUAUUUAGCAACGCUGGUUACGACGCAAAAUUGCACAAACCGAAAAUGCUUAGAAAUCUUAAUUUUUUCGUCAAUUUGCAAUUUUAGUAUCAGACCAAAAAAUUUUCGUUUUUCGAGAAACUUUUGAUUAUUUUUUGAGCAACUUUUUAAGAAAUUACGGGAAACUCUUUGGAAAAUCUCGAGCAAGUUGUGGAAAGCCCUACCGGCAGCCCUUGGGCGAUUCUCUAGUGCCCUACGUUAGCUCUAUUUCGUCCCUGUGAAAUGUUAAAACACGGUACAUCAACGUGCCUUUUUACACAAGAUGUCAACACUUUUACCUAUUCUCUUCAUCUCUUCAUUUAUAGAACUUGGAGAUCAUCAGUUUGCCGGAGAAGAAAGUUUGUUUCAUAUCGCAGCUUAACAGCGACUUUCCACGACCUGUAGAACUGAUAGACUCUUUCAGAAAGGUAAGUAAUAUGGACUCUAACUGCCUUUUGAUUAGCCUGCGAUAACAGCCGACAUUUUGCGACGCCAUCACUGCCGGUUUCACUGCGACCUAACGUCUGAGAAACGAGCGCAGAAUUGCGUAUGAUUGGUCAUACCGCGUGGGAAAUUUGCUUCAACCAAUCAGAAGAAUUAUUCAGUGACGCAUCAUCAUUCUCUUACGCGUCAUUAGUAUGGAAUUUCUGCGCUCGUUCCUCAGAGGUCAUUUCGCGGGGAAACCAGUGGUGGCGUCGCUUAAUGUCGGCUGUUUUUCUCACGCUGCCUGAUGCUGAAAAAAAAAAAAAGGCUAAGAAAUACAACUGUAAAAUAAGAUUCGUCAUUUGGAGACUAGCAUAAAUGAAAAGCAAAUUCUUAAAAUUCCUAGGCAGCCCGCAACAAAACAAGUCUUUCCAUUUUGCUGAGGAUAAAAUCCGCUAUGGAGAUAAAAGAAGUGCCAGAUGACCUUUCUAGUCCUCAUCGUGCCGCCUUGGAAAAUAUGUGUCAGAAUUUCCUGAACUAUCGAGCAGAACCCGUAAACCAAGAUUCAAAUUCUGCUACCACACCCCUAUCACUACAAAAAGGCAAGUAUUCAUCAAUCAAUCAUUCAGUCAUUCAAUCAAUCAUUCAACCAACCAAUCCAUCAGUCAAUCAAUCAAUCAAUAACAUCAAAAAAUCAAUGCAUCAAUCAAUCAAUUAAUCAUUAAAUAUAAUGAAGAGUAGCCUGAAGAAAGGGCGAUUUUGCGGAUAGGAAGGCAAGCGCAAGGCGAGCGUGGAGCGCGAAACACGCGACAGGUGGAAGGCUCGAAAGAAAGAGAUCCCGCGCCCUGUCGCGCGAGUCUUGUACUCCACGCCUACCUCGGGCUAGCCUGCGUGUAUACGUCUCCAUUUCCUUUGUACUCGGAAGUAAAAAAGGAAAUGGGAGAUGUCUGGGCGCAGGCUUUCCUUGCGCUUGUCUUCGCUUAGCCUGCCACGCAGCCGUCUUUAGGGAGCUCGUAUUUCGUCCCUUCCCACAGCUGUACUUUGCUACAUUGAAACAAGUAAGUUGCUGCUUUUAGACUUGCAAAAAUUCUUAAAUAACAGCACAACUUAUUAAUUGAACGAACCUUAACAUAAAAUACAGCUGUGGGAGAAACGAAAUACGAGCUUCCCUUAAAAACGCCUGCGAGGGAGGCUCAACCUCGUCCCCAGGGCUUUUCCACCAAAAAAAUGAGGGAAAAGCCCUGGGGACGAGGUUGAGGAAGGCUAGUCUUCGCUCGUCCGUAAAACGCGGGGAAAAAACGUCUGUUCUGCAUGCUAGCUGAAAAGUGAACAGAAGUAAACAGCAAAGAAACAGCAAAGUUUGGGUUCUAUCAAUUGAUUGAGUAAAGACUGAGAAGGUAACCUUUUAAGCGCAAGCAGAGUCCUGGAAAACAGGUAUUACGUACAGUGUAUAUGACUCCAGCUUCGCUUUUGAAUCUUCGGUUACUUCAGGCAGAAGUCUUCCAUGAACGCAAACCUUCCACAAGUCCUAUGAAUGUAUGUCUGCAUGAUGGGAGAUUAACUAUGCCGCGCCACGAGUGUCGUGUCAAGGGCAUAUCGAAAACAAAAUUAUAACCAACUGAGCUAGCAUACAAGAAUCUUAUAUUACGAUGUUUUAAAACAACUCUUUGUUUUACUCUAUUUCAGGCCAAAAUAAGAAUCAUGUUCAUCGACGCAAUUGUUCUAGCACAGUUUGCUAUACAAGGAAAGUGUGUUACCUUCGGUGCGUAG